UUUUUCACGAUUGUACGCAUGUUUAUUGUUUUGAUUCUCAGCUGAACACGCUUUGUCUGAAUUAUACCGUGAAUCACUUAUAGUAUUUAAAGUUUCGCCAGUUAGCGUGUUAGCAUGGAGGGAUAGUAAACAACAACACAAGCACACAUUUAUAUAUAUUUAUAUACUCUCUAAAACUUACACACCAGUCGAUGUACAGCUGCAAGAAUAAAUGGAGGGUGAGGUGAGUCUGGUCGCCGGACGCAGUCAGAGAGAAAAAAGAAGAUCCUACAAAGAUCUCCUGAGAGAAGAAGAGAUCAUCGAUGCAGAGGUGCGCAAGACCUCCAAGAUACGUCUCAAGGACGCUGAUGACUUUUACACUGGCAGCGAGUUUCACAAGAAAAAGAAGCAUGAAGAUCAUUUCUACAGAGAUCAUCACAGCUCCGGAUCCCACCACAAAAAAAAGAAGCGUCCCUCAGAGAGCCAGCGCUCGUUCCUGACGCCUCCUGAGCUGGCGGGAUCUCCUCAGACGGCCGUGACGGCGAUGGGUCUCCUGCAGGCCAUCACCUCUCCCACGGCGGUGGGCGCAGAGGCGGCGUUUCACUGCCUGUCCACAUCUAAGGAGCGCAGGAAGGACCCCAGAGACUCGUCCUCCUCCAGGAAGCAGCCGCAGGUGGUGCGGGAGGGGCUUCCUGUGGUGGGCGAGGAGGUGGAGCUGGAAGUUCAAUAUGGAGGAUGUCACGACGUGGCUGACAGCAGCGGCUCGUCCUCCGCUGAUGACAGUGAAUGUGGGAAACUCUUGAUCCACGAAUCCUCGUCUCAACACGGCAGCAGCAGGAAGAAGAAGAAGAGCAAAAAGAGCAAGAAGAAGAAAGAGCGAGACCGACCGCGUGAGAAGAAGCACAGCAGUAAAUCAGCUAAGAGAAUAGCAGCAGCCAAUGGCAGCACAGAGUGGAGCACGUACACUACAGGCCAUCACAGCCACGAGGAGAAGAGGAGGAAGAAAGAGGGAAGCAGCAAACGCAAGAGCAAAGACAAGAAGAAGAAGGUCUUGACGGCAUAUCAGAUCUUUUAUAAGGAGUACAGAAACAGCAUUCUGGAGGAAGAGCCGGGCCUCGAUUUUGGGGAUUUGAGCAAAAGACUCGCUGAUGCCUGGAAGCAGCUGCCAGAGGGAGACAAACAGGUGUGGCGAGAGAGAUCGGAGUACCUGCAGCGCAAGCAGUUAAAAUCGGAGAGCGUGAAACACAUCAAGCACGUCAAACAGCAGCAAACGUCGCGACCGCUCAAAGACAGCAGCAGGGUUAAAGGUCAUCAUUCAGGUGCGGCCGUGACUCCUGCAGGAGGCGCCGUUAUGCUGAAGAGGCCGGAAGCUGCGGUCGCUCCCGUCCAGAACGGAUCAGCGCCGCGGCCUGCAAACGCAGCCACGUUCUCUCCGCUCCGAGACCCGGACGUGGACCCCAUCGAUGCGGCCGCUCACCUGCAGCUGCUGGGAGAGUCUCUGUCUCUGAUCGGACGCAGACUGCAGGAGACAGAGGGGAUGGUGACUGUGUCGGGUUCUCUGUCGGUUCUCUUGGACUCGGUGUUGUGUGCUCUGGGUCCGCUGGCCUGCCUCACCACUCAGGUCCCAGAACUCAACGGUUGCCCACAUCAUGUGCUGUCAAACACUCUGGAUAACAUCGCCUACGUGAUGCCGGGUUUAUGAAGGAUACCGACCGUGACGAUGGAGCUCCUGCGGUGUCUCCACUGGCUCUGAUGAAACCAUCGACAAAAGACUUUAAGACUUGCGCAGUUUUGCACUGGACAAACUCACAGACACUUCAACUUUUAACCUGCUUCUUAAACCUGCGCUCCAUUUUUAUCUGAUGUUGAUUUUGUAUUUCUGUUGUUUUUCUCUCAAUAAAAUCCAUUUUAGUAUGUUCUUUUAA